GCGAGAGACAGAUGUAUCAGCAGUUAGCAGAGUAACUGACAAAAAGGACUGCGUUAGAAUAAAGCGGUCACAAAAUAUUUUUUUAUUUUGUUUUGUUUUAUAAGUUAUUUGGAGUUUUAUGGUUGAAAUGAGGUGUUCUGUGAAUGUAUGUGUUUGAACUGUACUCUAGAAUUGGUCAUUUGGAAUUGUUGCUGGAUAUGGUGCUCAAAAACUGACAUCAACAUGGAUUGGAAUGCAUGGAUUUUGGCUCUGGUCUUGUUGAUACACAUUCCGAUUCAUGUAGCAGAUGCAAGGCUGGAAUUAAAUGUCACAUUUGAAAUAUGGGAGGGGAAUGUAACUGUGCUCUGGGAUCCCCCUACAGGAGCCCCCAAAUAUGCUCUUUACCAAGUAAAGCAGGCACUAUAUCUAGUUCGUAAUGCUUCAUGGCAUGUUGUGCCCAACUGUAACAUGACUACAGAUGCUAGAUGUGAUAUUGGAAACCUUGUAAACCAACCAGAUAUUAAAAUAAUGGUUGGAUUGUAUAAAGGAAAUGACAGCUUUGUCUGGUCAACUGUACACAGAAUUCGUUUAUCGGACAGCAAACUGUUGGAACCAGAUUUCAACCUGUUUUCAUCCCCUAAUACAGUAAAGGUUAAGAUUUACAGGAAGCAAUUUCUGGAAAAGCUUUUUGCCUUUGGCCCAAGUUACACCGUCACUCUUCAGGCAAAAGGACAGGACAGUCAGAAUGUAACAAAGUCUGGUGAUGAUGAAGAUGACGAGGUAGAGUUCAGGUCAUUACGUGCAUGGCAGGAGUAUUGUGUGAGUGUGACCGUGAUGGUGGAAUCGGCCGGUUUGCGAAACACUUCAUUACAGCGCUGUAUAUAUGCAGAAGCAGAUAUGUCUGUGGUGAUCUCUAUGGUAAUUAUUGGUGUACUUUGCAUCAUGACCUUUAGCACAUUUGCAAUCUGUUGCUUCCUGAAUCGUCCAAGAAAAAUGCCUGCUGCUUUGAAAUCGUCUGUGAAUGGAUGGCACCCCAUGAACAUAGGACUCGUCCAGGUGGAGGCGGUCACUGACAAGGGAUGGCUCCUGACCAGCAAUAAAUUGGUGGUAAAUACUAAAGUAUCUGAAAUGAAGACAGAGCUCUUUGAGGAAGACAAAGAGAGGAGAGAGAGUGCAGACAGUGGAGUGAGUGUAGGCCAUCAGCACUCCAUUAAGGACAGAGGGACGGAUGGACAUACCGGAGACGAGGACAGUGGCUGUGGAAGUCUAACAGAAUCUGAAGACUGUCUCAGUGGUGAAAGACGAAGCUUGGGAGAGCUCCCUUCCCUGGACAUAAUCGUUAACAACACAAGCAGCGAAGGAAAAGAGGACAGUGGCUUGGGAAUAGGGAAUCAAGAUGUCUCUGACAGUCUCAAGGGUGCAGACAGUGGACUCCUGUCUGAAAUAGUGGUUGUAGGGGAUGGAUAUCGUGGUCAAAGCCCUUCUGGUGAGGCACAAAGUGAGAUAACCAUCACUGAUGAAAUAGACAACAAUAUGGCUAGCCCUAGAAGUGGCUAUCGGUCUGGUAAUGUGACAUGCUUAUGUUCUGACAUUGAGACUUGCAUGUGGUGUAAAGCCAGGAAGCUCAUAACUACAGAUUGUGAUUCAGGGUCUCAUGAGCAGACCAGUUGUACUUUCACAAUAGAAAGCAACAGUGACAGAAAUAGGUAUAUGAAAAAGUAUCUUAUGCAGACUGUGAAUGUGUCACAGACUGGAGAUUUGUCCACCCAGCUGGAAAAGAACUGCAGCAACUCCUCUUCUCUUUUCAUUUCCUGUCCUCUGUUUUUGCAAGAGGGAGGACAUUUGCCAUGCCAGUUGGAAACAUUGCCUCUUACAUUAGGAGAUUUGGAACUGAAGUUUACAUGAGCCAUGAAUAAAUAGCUUUUUCAUUAUGUAUAAUAAAGAUUUGGGGUUGACCCUUUAUGACUGCCUGCAUGCAUUGGGUCAUUUGGACUUGUUAAUAUAGACUAGAAGGAAAACAUUUCAAGUAUCAACUCAUCCCGUGUUUCCAAGUCAUAAAAUGUGAGAUACUGUCUGAAUAUUACCAAUGCUUGACAAUGAGUAAGCAAAAAAACUAUGGUGGUUUGAUAAAAUGUCAUUAUGAAUUCUCAGUCUCAAAUUAACCUCCAAUUUCACAUUUCCGACCAACAAAUGAUCUGAUAAAUUGUUAAUUUGUUUCCAAUUUGCACAUGUACAUAAUUUACAUUUAAUUUAUUUACUGACAUAAAUUUAAAAGAAAAUGAUAAUAAAUUGUAAAGCAAAUCAUGUAAAAUAAAUAUGUUUAUAUUUUUAUACUUUUUCAAAAGAAAAUGUGAAAGGUGCGCACACGUGCCAAACUCACUGCCAUAUUGCCAGGGCAUUAAUGUAUGGUUGCUAAAGUGUUCUGAGUUGUGUUUAGAGUGUUGCUAAUGUGGUUGCUAGGGUGUUCUGGGUGGUUGCUUACCAGCCCAAGUCAUAAAGAUUUGAGGGCCACAAGUCUCUAUGAUAUUCUGGUCCCUAUGGGGGUCCCUUUUUCAACGUAAAUCUACGGGAAUUUUGCUGCUGUUAUAUCAUCUGAUUUAAUUCUAAUUAGUUUCCUCA